CACACUUCUACGUGUUUCAUAUCGUUACAGUGAAAAAAUCGAUUUUUUUUCCUGUGUGUGUAUGGUAGGUGGAAGCUCGAGCUCGGUGGCGUGUAGGUUUCACCCCUCUUCAGCAUACGCCGCGUGUUUUUUUACUCAGAAUUUUAAGCAUGUCAUGCCAGAGACGAGGUAUGCUUUUGUUGUUAUUUUCGAAGCGAGAGUUGAGACCGACAAUUCAGCGCAGCAGCGGUCGGUGGUUGGUGCGAUGCGCUGGCGUUUCUACUCAGGUCGUGUGGCGUAUUAUUGCCGCCAGAGAAUGGAUUCAGUCAGUUUUAGCAAUUCUCUUUGCCACUCAGUUGUGUUUGAAACUCAGUCGAAUGUGUGUUUUUCGCUUGCGUAUUUGAAGAAUUGGUUGUUUUUUUUUUUAUAGGUUUGCGUCAAUUUUGUGCUUAUAAAGUGAAUUGAAAAAAUGAUGAUGAUAAACGACGAAGGAUAUGAAGAGAUUCCAAUUCAGUAUGAAAAUACGAAAUGCGUUGAUCCGUUUAUUUUGAUAGCUGAGGUGAAAAAACAUCCAGUUUUAUACAACAAACAGUCAGAGGAUUAUGACAACAGUCAGACAAAAGACCAGGUUUGGGAGUUGAUACACGCUGUGCUCUUUCCCAACUAUGAAGAGUUGAGCGAAGAGAUAAGGGAAACUAUAAAAGUUACUGUUCGCAAACGUUGGAAGUCAUUGCGUGAUGCCUUGGUCAAAGAUCACCGUUUACGAGGUGAGGAUCCAGCUUAUGCACGAAAAAAGAUGAGUCAAGCGGUGAAAGAGAUGCAGUUUUUAACUCCUUUUAUAAAAUAUCCACCACGAAAACACAACGAUUACAUUGAUGGCAACCAUUCACCAGAUUUUUGUAAGCUCAUGAAUGAAACAACUAUUGAUUUAACAUUCCCAGAAGAUUCAUAUGUUGACGAUGAAAAUAUUGUUACAAAUGAAGCACUCUAUCCAUCGGUUCAUCUGACCACAUCCGAAGCUGAAUCUGAAGAUGUUGGUCAAUGGAAGGAUGGAUUUUCUGUUUCAGCAACAGAUGCAUAUAAUCAAGCAACACUGAAAUAUACAAUACGAGAAGUUGAAGAAUCCGAAUUGAAAGAAGAAGAAUAUAAAAUAGUCGAACAAGUUACAAAUGUUCAAAAGAGAAAACGCACAGACUCUGAAGAUGAUUUGCACUCGAAAUUAAAUGAAUUAAUAGAUCGCUGUAAUGAAGAAUCUCAGGACGAAGAUCGAAUGUUUUUGCUGUCAUUGUUGUCUGAUUUUAAAAGAGUACCAGUUCAUAGGAAACUUAAAGUGAAGUCGGCAUUUGUUACAGCUCUGUAUGAAGCUUUAGACUGAAAAGCAUGAUGUGUUGUUAAUUUUAAGCAUUUAUGGGUAUUAAAGUCGAACCAAAAAGAUAUAUUUAAUAGCAAGCCUAAGACAGUUCUCAAAGAUCAAUAUAUGUACGUAUAAUAAAUUAA